AUGUACAUGAACCUCAACAUACUCCCAACAUCAAGGACACGCUUCCCUGGUUCAUCCUCCUUCAUGAGUGGUGAUGCUCUAGAAUGGCAACAGGAAAUGACGGUCGACAACAACAUAGAUGGCUCUCAGAUGACAGCGAACAUAACACUUCUUGAAGCCAAUAGCACGUUAUGGAACAUCGGAAUACCCAAAAGCACAAGCUCAAGAGCUCCAGACAAGCUGACCCCUCUACCAGUUCCAGACAAGCUGACCCCUCUACAGGUUCUAUACAAGAAAGAUUUCCAAAAGAUGCCAAACUGGACAACAAACGAUGUAUACCUGCAAAGCAAUGAGCCCAUUCAGAGAAGUUGUGCAGAAUCUUUGCACAAAAUUAAAGACCCAGACAUUCAGAAGGCCUUCAUGCCUAGUAUUCAGAUGUAUCUGUACCAGAACCUUCUUAACCAGAGCGAAUGGAACCGACUGGCUCACUUCAACAAUCCUUUCGGCUUCAUGGAGUACAACUACAGUGACAUAAAGAAGGUGGUGGACCUGAUUCCCAAGCCCAGGAGCACCCAGCUACUGCCACUCCCUGAGAACAACACCUGCAGCCGCUGUGCUGUGGUGGCCAACGGUGGCAUUCUCUACGGCUCCAAGAUGGGCCAGGAGAUAGAUGCGCAUCAUUAUGUGUUCCGAACGAACGGGGCAGUUAUCAAAGGCCAUGAGGAAGAUGUGGGAAACCGGACAUCUGUCUACGUCCACACAGCAUUCUCACUCGUCACCUCCCUCACUGUCUUCAAGAAGUAUGGCUUCAAUAAAAUUCCCAGUGAUGAGGGAAUUAAAUAUGUGAUGAUUCCUGAAGGCCUGAGGGAUUUCCUGUGGCUGCAAGGACUUCUCACCAGACAGGAAGUAACAAAUGGCCAGUUCCAGAAAAAGCAGCCAUGGACGUACUACGAAGGGUUUGAUGAGAGCCGCUUUUAUGUCCUCCACCCGGACUUUCUGAGAUAUAUUCGCAACAGAUUUAUGACCUCUAAACAGCAGGAUGGGAAACACUGGGCGAUGUACCGACCGACCAACGGAGCCUUCACUCUGUUCCUGGCCCUCCAUGUCUGCGACACGGUUGACGCGUAUGGUUUCAUCACUGAGAACCACAGGAAUUACUCAAAUUACUACUUCGAGAAGAAUCAGAAGACUAAAGUUAUCUUCUACAUCAACCAUGACUACAACCUAGAAAUAAAAACAUGGCAAAAACUGCACAAUGCCAAAAUCAUCCGUCUAUACCAGCAUGAUGGAAGACAGACAUGACACUCGUCCUUCAGGAAGAACAUG